CAGCUUUUUAAAGCUAUUUGUUUUCCAGAACUUUAUGCCCCAAAAUGAUGAUAUGAAAAUGAUGGCUUCAAGUUAAUUACCGCCAAACGAAAUGACCCACGAGUCUUUGGACUUAAGCCUUGAUGAUCAAAAAAUCAUCAGAGAACUUACUGGAAACGAAAAGUUACGGUUGUAUUCGAAGUUAGCUGCCUCGACAGAGAAUGCUUACAGAAGACUAUUUGAGCUGAGAGAAGUUUAUGUUCCUGCAGCAGUGGCUUUUACUCUUAGCAGCGGGUUAUUUGGUGGACUAAGAGCGCACCAAGCUGGCGAAAGCUUUAAGAGAUUGAACGAGCAGGCAGUCUACGCCCACAGAGUGCAGUCGGUGAGGGAUUGGCACUCUGCUCAAUUCAGAGCUUUCUUCAAGUAUGGCUUCAGAUUCGGAUGGCGAGUGUCAUUUCUGGUGUCUUCCGUCCUUGCAACUCAGAGCCUGCUCUGGAUUUACACCGAUGAUUACAGAUUAUCACAUUAUUCAAUAGGUGGCUGCAUUGGUGGUACUUUGUACAGAAUGACUAUGGGAGUGAAAGGCAUGUUUGUGGGGUCCCUUCUGGGAACUAUUUUGGGCACAAUGUCUGGAUCUCUGCUCUACUUGAAUCAAGUCUACAUCAAUAAAUCUGAAGAAAUAAAAGCUGCAGAAAAUAGAAGACACAAGUUUUACUUAGAACAUUUGAACUCACAGACUUGACUUAUUUGUUUUCAUUUUUGAUGGAACAGA